AUGGCGGGACUUCUCUCAGGCAAGGUGGUGUGCAUUACUGGCUCAUCUCGCGGUAUCGGACGCGCGUGCGCGGUCGAGUCUGCCAACCAGGGCGCACGGGGCCUUAUCCUGCACUACUUUGGCGACGCGGUGACAGAGGCGGAGAUCCGUACGCUGCAGGAGGAGGUGGAGAAGCGCUUCCCGGAAUGCAAGGUAGCCACAACGCCCGGUGACAUAGCCGAUCCCGCCACCUCGUCCAAGAUCGUUGAAGUAGGCGUCGCAGCGUUCGGCCGCAUAGAUGUACUCGUUAGCAAUGUUGGGAUAUGCCCCUUCGCAGAAUUCCUGACAAUGCCCCACGCUACCUGGGAACGCACACGGGCGGUGAACCUAGAUGGCUCGUUCUUCGUAACGCAAGCCGUAGCGAACCAAAUGAAAUCCCAAACGCCUCAGGGCGGAUCCAUCAUCGGCAUUUCGUCAAUAUCCGCGCUCGUAGGCGGCGAAUUGCAAUGCCACUACACGCCGACAAAAGCCGGCAUCCUAUCGCUCAUGCAGAGCUGCGCGGUCGCUCUCGGCAAGUACAACAUCCGUGCCAAUGCCAUCCUGCCCGGGACAAUCGCGACGGACAUCAACAAGGAGGACCUCUCGGACGACGCGAAACGCGAGGCUAUGGUCAAAAGGACAUGCCUAGGCCGCCUCGGUCAGCCGGACGACAUCGCGGGGCCUGUUGUCUUCCUCGGCAGCGACCUAGCCAAGUAUGUGACGGGAGCGUCGCUACUUGUAGACGGAGGACUAUUCGUCAAUUUGCAGUGA